AUGGGUAAAGCUCCUGCCGGCUUUGGCAUGUCACCACCCACUCCUGCACAGAACGUGCGACAUUCUUCACGUCGAAGCCUUGAUCCUGACCAGCCUUCCAAUAAGCGUCCACGACUUGUAUUCACAGACAUUCAAAAGCGAACCCUGCAGGCAAUAUUCAAAGAAACGCAACGUCCUUCGCGUGAAAUGCAGCAAACUAUUGCUGAACACCUUCGUUUGGAUUUGUCCACCGUCGCAAACUUUUUCAUGAACGCUCGUCGACGAAGUAGGAUUGGUCCAAACAGUGACGAACCGCAACCUUACCAGCAGGUACGCCCUAUAUCUCCUCCACCAGAUUCUCCUCCAUCAGGAGCUGCUGGUGCUGGACCCAUAACAAACGGUCCACCAAUUGCGCAUCCACGUAAUCGACGUCAACCUGCAAGCAUGCAGCAUGUCGAAGCCACAGUUAGCAGCGUGGCGGAAUCUGCCAUACAGUAUAGUCGUGAGCAGGCUGCUCACGACGCUGCUGCCAUGCGUACCGGUCCCAUAGACGAGGAAGGUUACAAGGUAGCUCAGGAGGCCGCUGCUUUGCGAAGCAAUUCCAUCGAUGAGGAGGCCUAUAAGGUUGCCCAUGAUGGUGUGGCAAUACGACCGAAUUCCAUCGACGAAGAGAGUUACAAGAUGUAUAAAAUGAAUGACCCGUUGGCUGACGAAACAGGCAUAUCAAUCGUUGGCGCGAAUGUUCAUGACCUUUACAAUAAUGGCAGUGACACAAAUGUUGAGUCAUUGACUUCCACCAGUACGUCUCCGGUGAACGCUGUGGAACAGCGAGGUGUGGUAAAGAAGGAGAACGACGGCCUAGCCGAAGAAGCAACUGCGCAAUGA